AUGUCUCAAGGAUACCCACCGCACUUCGCCAGACAUGGAAACCUCACUUCGAGCUACGCUUCAAGAAAACGCUCGCAUACCAGGGUGAGAAGCCCCGCACUUUUGUCUUCACGCCUAGGCAUGAAAUCAAACAUUCCAAAUAAAUCUGCCAAACCAGUGACCAAUCGAGCCACUGCAUUCGAUCUGUCCCGGUUUGAACGGCUUCAUUUGAAUAAUGCAGGGACGACCACUCAAUCAGUGAUGGAUCAGGAAGUCUCAUCGGAUCGUCCUCAGUUUGCAAGACCUGACUCGAACGUUGCAGUCACGAAUCCUCGCCGGGGGAUCGAUCGGAUUACAGCAUCUAACUUAUCUCGAUUUGCGUUAAACUCGCCCUCCAGGACCUAUCUCCCCUUACCAGAUGAUCUUGUAACAGAAUUAAAUCGCAAAAAUGCCGCCAUCAGAAAUUCCUACGACCUAAGGACAAUUGCCCGUGAUAUUUUGAUAGCAGCAGACAAGCACCCAACUUGCGCAGGGCUCAAUAGCCAUUUGAUACCCCUCCGCGACAACAUUGAUGCCGUCAAAUAUUCAUCUGACUUAUCAACUAUUCGAUGGGACAUCAUUGAUCCUGAAAUUCUGGUGUCAAUUGAGCCAAGCGCUCAGCGGCCAGUCACACCUCCAAGAACGCCUGUAUCAAAGGGCAUAUGCCAUUCUCCAGCUCUCGAUUAUGAACCCGAGCCACAAGUGGUAUUUCAAUCGCCGCCAAGUCUUGCUCUUGAAAGAAACGCAAGUAACGCAGACAUUGAGCAAGUUGAUGAUGAUAUGCCCGAGCCAGUGGUGAUUCAAAUCCCACCAACAUCCACACGUGGACCAAUAAAGAGUACAAGAAGCACAAGUGUUGACGUGGUCAUUUCUCCUCGUCAGGAAUUUCAAUGCGAAUGGGCGAAUUGCCACCAUGUCCUUUCUGACAUUUGGAGCUUUCGACUUCAUGUGGCGAAGCAUCAUGUUUUGGUGAACUACACAUGUGGAUGGGCCAACUGUGAAUGUGACCUAUGUUUGUCUGGCUUGGAUUUGUGGGAUCAUGUGGAGAAAGCUCAUAUUGAAUUACCUGAAUAG